CUUCUUGUCGUAUCUUGCCUCAUAACCUGCUCACCCAUCUAUCAAGCAACGCCAUUCAGAAAUUCUGGUACCUGAAGCCUCGAUCACACCUCUGGGAGGACGGUCAGAAGAUCAUGAGCGCUCCACUGGCCCCUUCCUUCCGUCCUUUACCUUGAGGAGAGAUAUGUUCUCACCCACCUUUGCAAUAUGAACCCUGGCUUUUUGAUUGGGGCUUACCUCCUAAUAUUGAUUCUACCACUUCUGGUCUGUCUCCGUGGCGAAGCUGUACCCGAUCCAUAUCCCGCAGUCGUUUCUCUACCCCCUACUCGAUCCCCAAGACAUCUUACUCCAAGCGUCGCCCGUCCGGAAGUCGAUUAUGACUUGCUACCAUUCGUAUUGGUAUCGACCAUUGACGGCGCGUUACAUGCGGUAGAUAGGGAUGGAGGGAAGAUACGGUGGACUUUGAGCGAUGGGGUAGAUCCUUUGGUCGGUGGUGGGUUUCGAGGGCGAGUGGAUGGAGAGGAAUACAUCGUUGAGCCGCUCAGCGGAGGCUUGUUUGUAUUCGAAGAAGAGGAUGGGAAGCAAAGCCCCAAAGUACGCCGACUACCUCUGUCGGUGGAACAACUUAUCGAGCUCUCUCCAUUCACCUUUCCUCACUCGCCCGGUCGGAUUUUCACAGGCUCCAAACAAUCAUCUCUUCUCACUCUAGAUCUCCGCACCGGCCAGCAGCUGGACUGCUUCACUACUCUGUCUGCCAAUCUAUCCCAACUUGCCGAUGAUGGGUCAUGCGAUGCAGAUCUUGAUGAUCUCGAAAGCCGCCCUCAAAACCCCCAAGACAUUCUUUUUGUCGGACGUACAGAUUAUCGCCUGACCAUACAUUCCUCGCCAGCUCCACUUCUCACAGGAGAGGCUCGCUCACCUCGAGGAGACCAAAGAGGGGUCCAGGAAAUUGUCUACUCAACGUACCUGCCCAACAGCUAUGACCGGCCUAUGGCGGAAUACUGGGCAAAGUCCGGAAUGACAAAGCAACUCUGGGAGGCAGAUGGAACCGAGGCCAAACGUUUGAGAGUGGAGCUGGGUCAUGAUGGUGUGGCUGUUGGUGUGGAACAUGGCGGCGGAAUGCGAUGGGUGUCCAAUCUUGGUAGUAUAGGAAUCGCUGUAUACGAUAUCCUUCUUCCUCUUACGUCUGGGGCCAAACCUAUACUUGUCCCUCAACCUCCUCCUCAUCUCCCGUCGCUCUUCCCUCUCCCUGCGAAAGUCCCAACAUCACAGCUCGACAUACGUAACAGACCUCCCACGACUUAUAUCGGGGCCCUUCCUUUGUCCGUCGAUCCUUCCGAAGAACCCACGAAUGCCUCACGAUCCCCAACAAGAAAUGUUCCGGGCGAUAGUUCUUCUCAUCGUCGGCUUCUCUAUGCCCUUUCGUCCGACUCGUACCCCUUGAUCAACUUUGCCCCUCCUCCUCGGCCCGGGACGUUGGCAAAUGGCUCGUUUCUGCUGACGGAGGAAGUCCUCGAACAGGACCAGCUUCUUCCUUACCUUCUGGAUCCACCAAAGGAAGAGGUACGUUUGAUCGAGGGUGCUGAGGAACAUCGUGAUGUCGGCCCGAAAGGGCGGCGAACGGUGAAAGGGAUGUGGCCGGUGUUCAUGCUCGGCGCUUUGGUGUCGCUGGGGGCGAUGGCAGUAGGAAUCACCCGUUGGAGCAAAUCUGCAGCCCAACAGCACAUCACUGCGCCCACAGAGAAGACGCCCCUUCUUGUUCAAGAUGUCUUAGAGCUACAAGCACCAAAUGUCGUUGUGACACCUCCGGAAGUCGUACAAAAACGGCUGGGGGUCACCUUUGAGACGCCAAAGUCGGAGACCGGGGAUUCCAACGGGACAACCUUAGCCCCGUCAGGGGAUUUGGAAUUAGGCAAUGUCCUCAAGAAGAAGCCCGGUCGGCGGCGGGUCAGGGGCAAGAAAAAGAAACGCGAUUCUCCUGGUCAAGAAGAACAGGAAGGCGGUGAAGAUGAAGCGGAGUAUGAUGAUCGUGGUGAAGGAAGCAGCACCUCUCCUUCCCCACAUAUACGUGAAAAGCCGUUGCCCGACUUACCACGGCAACUGUCCACAGUGAAUCUGAAGGAUGAAAAUGACAAGGAGAGUCUAAUAAUUUCAGACUCCGUCAUUGGUUUCGGUUCUCACGGUACGGUCGUGCUGAAAGGCACGUGGGGCGGCAGACCUGUGGCAGUCAAACGGCUCUUGAGUGAUUUCACUCGUUUGGCGAGUCAGGAGGUCAAGCUACUGCAGGCUAGUGACGACCAUCCGAAUGUGAUUCGAUAUUACUGCCAAGAGCGAAGGGAUAAUUUCCUGUAUAUCGCCCUGGACUUGUGUCAGGCAUCUUUGGCGGACCUGAUGGAAAGCCCGGAUAAGUACCAAGAGCUGGCAAGUGCACUGGAUAGGAAGAAGGCGUUGGUUCAAGUCAUGUCGGGGUUGAACCACUUGCAUGCGAUGAAGAUCAUUCAUCGGGAUAUCAAACCUCAAAACGUACUCGUAUCUCAAGCCAAAGACGGAUCCCUCCGUAUGCUCGUAUCAGAUUUCGGUCUCGCUCGUCGAUUAGAACAAGACCAAUCCUCUUUCGCUCCAACAGCUAACAAUGUCGCUGGUUCACUCGGAUGGCGAGCUCCUGAAUGCAUUCGAGGUCAAGUCCGAUUAAAUGAAGAUUUCGAUCCUUCUUCUUCACAUUCACACUCUUCAUCGUCCUCUUCCACUUCUCUUCUCGACUUUUCACAGUCCACGGACGAUCUAUCCGGCGGUAAAAAGUCACGUCGACUCACCAAAGCCGUGGAUCUGUUUGCGUUGGGUUGUUUAUGUUUUUGGGUGUUGAUGUCUGGUGAACACCCUUAUGGUGAGACUUACAAUCGGGAGAGUAAUAUCGUGAAGGGAGAAAUUGUCAAUUUGCCCAUGUUGGAUAUUUUAGGGGAAGAAGGAUGGGAGGCAAAAGCUUUAAUCACGGCUUUGUUAUCUAUGAACCCAGAGACACGUCCUGGGACCGAGGAAUGUUUGAGUCAUCCUUUCUUUUGGACGGCAGCGAAAAGAUUAUCAUUUUUGUGUGAUGCUUCGGAUCGCUUUGAGAAUAUGGAACUUGAUCCCCCCGACCCUACCCUCGUUUUACUCGAAGCAGACGCUCCGAGCAUAGUAGGAACAGAUUGGUAUACCCGAUUAGAUCGAGUGUUCAUAAACAACCUAGGUAAAUAUAGGAAAUACAAAGGUCAUACCGUCCGUGAUCUUUUACGCGCAAUGAGAAAUAAAAAACAUCAUUAUCAAGAUCUCGAACCUUCCGUCAAACGACAUUUAGGUUCUUUACCCUCUGGAUUUUUAAGUUAUUUCACAACGAGGUAUCCGACUUUGUUCUUACAUGUUUAUGGAGUGGUAAACGGGAGUGAACUGAGACAUGAGGCAAUGUUUGAUAUAUAUUUUAGAGAGAGAUGAUGUGACUUAUCACGAGUGAGAGAACGGAUUUCGAUCUGUUUGGAGUCAUAUGUGGUGAAACUGGAUUUUAAGAGGAAGGGGAUCUUAAACAAUUAUUGAACUUGAACAAUGAUGAUUAGUGGAGAAGAAAAAUGUGAAUAUCUGUUGAAAUGUUGUACUCAUAAUGCAAUUUCAUAUACUGUUC